CUUCCUGGUUAUCUUAACUCAGAGCAGAAAGUUUCUUCUGCAGAUCAGCAAAACUGCAGCAGCUGCUCGGCUCUAACCAGGACACUAAUGAAAUCACAAGUACAGGGGUGUGGAGCUUCUGCUGGGUGCUCAACAGAACAUCAGGAGGGAUGAGCUUCACCUUCAGACCCCUGCAGCCGUGGUGGACAGAGACGUCCGGAUCGGGACGACCUCAGGACAGAUUUUAACUGGUUUGGAUGCUCAAGUUGCAUUCAGCUGACGGCUUUUAUGAAACACAGAGCGGUGUUGUGAGGAGCUCCAGGAACCGGGCUGCAGGAACCAAACUUCUAGAACCAAGCAGCUGGAAGAGUUUUAUUUCUCCCUCCAAGACACAGAAACUAUCAGUGAUGUCCAAACUUCCCUGCCUUCUGCUUCUCCUGUGCCUCCCUCCAGCUGUGGUCUCCCUGUUCUGUUACACCUGUGUGUUUCCGGCCAUCUCUCCUCUGGACUGCAUCAGGUUCCCCCUGAAGUGUCCGCCGGGGCAGCUCUGCCUGUCCAGCAGAGCCGAGGGACAGAGAGGUGACUUCCGUGUGGUGCUGUACGAGAAGAGCUGCGUCCUGCCGGCCCUGUGUGGAGUCACAGGGGAGAAAUAUGCCUUGGGUCUGAACUUCACCUUCACCAACGAGUGCUGCAACACACAUCUGUGCAACACAGCGGCCUCGUUCUCUCCCCGGCCCCUUUGGACGGCCCUGGUGCUCCCCCUGCUCGCUGUGUGCUCGGCUCGGUGAAGAGGAGAGCAAAGAGGGGCGAGGCUUUGCCUCAGCAGCCGUGGAAAGGUCUGAAACGGGAAGUGAUCCUUUCUGCUCCGGACAGAUAAAACAUUACGUCAGAAGGUUUUCCAGUGAAACUAAUACUAAUGUCCCCUGUUACAAAGCAGAAGUGGAGAGUCACUGAGGGAAAGCAGGCUGUUUGUGAAGCUUUUAGCAGAUUAUAGCACCUUUAUUCAUACCAACUAAACUCUGUGCUUCUUUGUCAAGUUACAUACAAAAAGUUUUUUUAUUCAGGUUUUAUGACCAACACAAAGUUGUGCAGAACUGUGAGCUGGAAUCAAACAGGUACACAAAUUAAAAACCUCCGUCUGUCCUCCGGCUCCGAUGCACCAAAAUAGAUCCAGAAAAUCCAAUUUUCUUCAGACAUGAGCUGAUUAGUAAAUAUGAGCCACCUGUGUGUAAUUUAGUCUUAGAGUAAAUGCAGCUGUUUUCUGAAGGCCUCACAGCUUUGUUAGAGAACGUCAGAGAACAUCCAGCAUCAUGGAGACCAAGGAACCCAGCAGACGGGUCAGGGAGGAAGUUCUG